AUGACGGCCUCGGAAGACCUCAAUUUCUGUUUCCCGGUGCGAGAGUUAUCGAACGAUCGCGUCAAGAUGACUCCCUUCAGAGCAUCCAUCCAUUCCCCUCCAUUCUGUUCCACCGCAUCAGCCCACCCAGAGCUAUGGGCACACAUGCCCACCGGCCCAUUCAAAACCGUGCAAGAUUUCAACACAAACUUUCUCGAGGCCCUAGUCCACCGCGACCCAGGAAUGGUAUCGUUCGCCAUCAUAGAUAAAACAAAACAGCCCUCCGCGGCAGACGAGGAAGGCGAGCUGGCUGGGAUGAUGUCUUAUAUGAACUCUUCUUCGACGAAUCUAUGCACAGAGAUCGGAUAUAUCAUUAUCCUUCCUCGGUUUCAGAGGACGCAUGUUAAUUCUAAUGCUGUUGGGCUGCUUUUGCGGUAUGCACUGCAAGUGCCGUCUCAGGGCGGUUUGGGGUUGCGAAGGGUUCAGUGGCAAUGUAGUUCUGUUAAUGCCCCUUCUAUUCGUGCUGCUGAGAGAUUGGGCUUUAACAAGGAGGGAAUUAUGAAAUGGCAUCGUGUAUUUCCUGGAGGCAAGGAUAGAGGCAAAGUACAUAACGGUCGUCAGAUGCCUCGGGGUAGUCUCGACGAAGAAGACUAUGCAAGGGAUACCGUUGUUCUUAGCCAUUGUUGGGAUGAUUGGGAACAAGGAGGAAAGAGAAGGUACAAGCAAUAA